UCAUCUCCUGAAAAACAGAAAAGACAGCAAGUGAUUAGGCAAGAAAUACUUGAGGCAAGGUUGUAAAUUUUGAAUAAAGUGGAGGCAUGGUUGCUAAAAAAAAAAAAACUGUAACUGUACAGGAGAGAAUAUAGUCAUCUUAAUAACAAUUUUACUACAUAGCCAUUUUUCUUAUUGUUUUCAACUUACUCAGAUUAGACUCAGUCACAGCUGCUUUUCCACAGAGGGAGAAAUCUUGGCCCUCCUCCAUUGUGUGCUGUUUUAAAAGAGAAGACACAUUAGAAAACUUUCAAUCCUCUGUAUCAAUAAGUUCACCACUUAAAGAAGAAAGGGAACAUGUACUUCAUAACACAAUGCUUGCUUGCUGCUGCUAAUUUUCAUGCUUGUGUUAUCCUACCUAAAGUCUGAUUAAAACUCAAUAGUUCAGUUGUGAUGUGUUUUUAAACGCCCACCAUCACUUUAUUAUUAACUGAGAUUUCACUCUCACUCCAUCCCCUAAAAUAAAUGGAGACUGGAAUACUAAUACAAAUCUAUUCAUCCCAAUAGGAAAGAUGAUGCUGUUAAGCAAGACUGCAUCAGGACACUAACGUCAGAGGCUCUCAUGUCACUGCUCUCCUGAUGUCUGGUAUUCUUGGAGUGAAGCGCAUCGUAAAGACUAGAUAGUACGAGAUGGAUUCUACAGAAGCAGAAGCUUCAUCCCACAGCGAAAGAAAAGACGACACUGCACCAAGCACUUCAAAUACGUCAGGUCAAGGAAAAGAUGGACCAAAGUCAGAGAAGGCAUCUUUGAAGAGGAAAGCUGGUGAGCCAACAAAUGCAAAAGCGAAGAAGAAGAAAAAGGCAAGAGUCUCCAGGUCUGUCAAGCUUGGGUACACUGUCCAUCAAGGCGAAGAUAUGCUUCUUGUCAUAUCAAGUUCUACUUCUCAGUAUAAUAGUUCAGCCUGGACCCCCAAAAAGAAGGGAAGCAAAAAGAAAAAGCUUACUAAAGGAAAGUUGAAAUCCAACCAGAUUAAGAAAAAAAAGACAGUCUGUGCCAAGCCUAAACUUGUAAAUAAUCCAGUUACCAAGACAGAAGAGGAUGCGGCUCUGUUUGUGCCACAGAAAGAAAUGGACCACCGAUGGGGUCAAAGUCUCCCUGAAGAGGUGCUAAUAAAUAUUUUUCAGAUGGUGGUCACUCAAGAUGGUGCUGUACCAUUUUUAUGCAGGGUGGGGAGAGUGUGUCGUCUGUGGAACGCUGCUGCCUCCAGUCCAGUCCUGUGGCGUAAGGUGACUGUAGGUUACUGCUGGAUUGCACCAGGAAAAAGCCAGUUACCUAAAACUGAGAAGAAGAUUAAGGACACUCUACACUGGCUGGCGCAAAACAGAUUUUCUCAGCUACGAGACUUUUCUCUCUGUCACUGGACUCGGAAUGUUAACCAUGCCGUAGAGGUUGUUUCUCAGUUCUGCCCUCACCUUCGCUCCCUCACACUCUCUUACUGCACAGGCCUGACAGUGAGGGCCUUCCAUAGCCUUGGUCAGCACAGCCGGUUUCUACAGAGCAUAAAUCUCCAGUAUUCAGAGUUUCAGGUUGAGGGACUCCUGGAGUAUCUUGAAAAUUGUGGGAGCCAGAUCAAGCAAAUUUGGUUCACUCACGGACUAAAGAGCGACAAACUUCUGACAGCCAUAACCAGGGGAUACUGUCCUGAUUUAGAGUUGCUGGAGGUCAACAAAAAGCUUGACAGUAAAGACUGCGAACUUCCUGUUUGCAUUCAGGCUCUGCAGACGGCAUGUCCUAAGCUCAAGACCUUCCGGAUAAUGAAUGUCAGACCUCUGCAUAAGACAACGCGUAAUGGUGCAGAUUCAACGUCAGGCUUCCCCUUAUUGGAGGAGCUGUGUAUUGCAACCACGUCUUAUUCCUACAUGACCGACAAAGAUUUGUGGGACAUUCUCUUCGGCUCCACGAGGCUGCGGGUGCUGGACUUGCGAGGCUGUUCGCGAAUAACACCAUCUGGUCUCGCAACGUUACCCUGUCUUGAGCUUGAGUGUCUGUUUUGGGGGCAGUAUUUCAGCAGCCAUUUCGGUUUGCCAUCACCUAAGAAGGGACUUCACAUGGUGACGCAAAAGUGGAAUCAGACUUUGCAACAGCUUGACAUUGGAAAUCAGCUCUUUACUGAGGAGGACUUGGAGAUAGCAAUGAAUUACCUUGCUCAGGGACCUAAGGCGGAUACCCUGCGUUCACUCAACCUGAGUGGGACGAGGAUCACACCACCUGCCCUCAGGUCAAUCAUUGGCCAAAUGACUGCUCUUAGCUACCUCAACCUUUCAUCCUGCCGUUAUCUUCCUAGAGGACUUAAGAGAAUUUACCGUGGCCAAGAAGACAUUCGCCAGCUGCUGGACAAAUUGGAGUAGAUGUGGUAUUCAUUUAGUUCCUGAAAUCUUAAACUGAAUUUCCAGUUUUCAACUUUCAAAAGUUUAGCAGUUCAAGUCCAGUAUAUAACCUUAAAGGGGUAAUGUGUAAGAACUGGCCAACAAUCAAAAACAGAAUGCAGCAUAGUACCAGAAAUUUGGGGUGUCAAGCCCAAACAUUUGAAGAACUGGACAAUGGCUUCAAAUGAUGGAAGACCAGCACAGUGUCCAGACAUUUAUAUUAAAUGUGAGAUUCCAUGAAUCUUUAAUAAUUGUUUAUUUUAUUUGUUCUAUGUUAUAAUUUCAGAGUACACUGAGACAAAUUUCAGUAACGAUAGGAAAAAUAGAGGACUUCUAAAACGUUUGACCAGUAGCGUAUG